CGCUGAAAACCACCACCACCAGCAGCGCUGAAAAUUACGCGCGAGUCUGAAACUUUCCGCGAGUUGGUUGCCGGUUUCGCAAUUCUUCCGAAAGUGAUGUUACAGUCUCAAGUUUAGAAAAAAAUACGAUUUAGGCAAAAAUGAUGCUGAUUACGUGGUUCUGGGUUUUCGCUGUAGCUGCCGCCGACAAGAUAAUGAUAGGAAUUCCCGCAAGCGGUCCGGCCUUGAGACAGUGUCCUUGCGAAGAGGUCGACGAAGUGGACCGCAUCACCGUUGAGUGCAGAUGCAGCGGACCCGCCCUGAUGGACAUCCCCAGCAAUCUCCACAAAGAACUGACAAUCCUGAUAAUCGAGGACGCCGGAAUCGAAGUCCUGAAAGGCGAUUCACUGGUGCCGUACGCCGCCACGUUGAGAGAGCUGACUCUCGUCAAUUUGGAGAACUUUUACUACUUCGAGACAGGCGUAUUUCAGCAUUUACGACAGCUCCAGACUAUCUACAUUCAUCGCGCGCCCAAGCUUCUCAAGAUCCAGCCCGAAGUCUUCAGCGCCUAUUUACCCAAACUGAAAAUCCUGAGGAUCGUCAAUACGGGGCUUGAGGAGAUGCCGAACUUGAACGGGCUGAACACUUCUUCGGUACUUCACAUGAUAGAUCUGGAGCACAACCGCAUUCAGAGGAUCUCCAGCCGGCAAGUCAGCAGGGUGAAAGCCGAGCAAUUAUUACUCAACUACAACGAUUUACAACUCGUGGAGGAGGCGGCUUUCGGCGGUUCGGAAAUUGCCAAAUUGAGCCUGAAGGGGAACUUUCGCUUGAAGAACUUGCACGUGAGAGCGUUUCACGGACUUCAGAGCUUGAGAUACAUAGACUUGUCUAGCACGGCUAUCAUCUCUCUCCCUUUGGAAGGGCUCCGCGAGAUCGACGUUCUCAAGGUCCAAGACACGGAAUCCCUUAAAGUGUUCCCUUCAGUGUACAACUUUAAGUACAUAAAGGAAGCCUGGCUGACCUACCCCUACCACUGCUGCGCCUUCAAGUUCCCCCACACCCACAAUCCGUGGGAAUAUGAACGGCACAACCGCUUCGUGAAACAAAUGAAACAGGCUUGCGGAGCGGCCAAAAACACGACAGUCAGUAACGUCCUUCAGGAGAAUAAUGAUCCGUCCUUGAGGGCCCUUUUGCGCUGGAUGCCCCUGAAUACCAGCCUGGGAGAGAGCGACUCCGAGGAGCAGUGGAACGGGGACGAGGUGUUCCAUAACAGCACCAUGAAUCUGAAUAACGGGUUUCCUGUGACGACGGCGGUGUGCGGAGAGAUAUACCGGAAUUACCACGAGGUCAAAUGCCAUCCGGAGCCCGACGCGUUCAAUCCCUGCGAAGACCUAAUGGGAAACUGGGCCUUAAGGAUUCCCGUGUGGUUCAUAUCUUUAUCAGCGGUCAUUGGAAAUCUAUUCGUGGUGAUUGUCAUCUCCACGUCGCAUUUUCGCCUGACAGUUUCCAAAUUUCUCAUGUGCAAUUUGGCAGUGGCUGAUUUAUGCAUCGGGAUCCAUCUGCUCCUCAUUGCAGUGGUCGACGCUUGUUCCAUUAGGGCCUAUUUCAAUUACGCCAUCGACUGGCAGGAAGGAAAUGGAUGUCGUGUCGCCGGGACCCUCACGAUCUUUGGUAAUGUCCUUUCGGUCUACACUCUGGCCGUCAUCACCACGGAAAGGUGGUACACCAUCACGUGGGCCAUCCACCUGAACAAGCGCCUGAAGCUACGAACGGCGGUUCGCGUGAUGAUUGCAGGCUGGAUCUGCGCCCUCUUCAUGGCCUGCCUCCCCCUCCUCGGCAUCAGCAGCUACUCCAAGACCAGCAUCUGUCUGCCCCUGGAGAACAAGGGCAAAGCGGACACCAUCUAUCUAUCCACGCUGCUGGCUUUCAAUGCUAUCGCUUUCGCCCUGAUCUGCGUGUGCUACGGAAGCAUGUACAAGAGCAUAAGGGAAGGGGGCCACACGGGAUCUACGACUUCCGUCCGGUCCGACCUGACCGUGGCCAAGAGGAUGGCGCUCCUGGUCUUCACGGACUUUGCGUGCUGGGCUCCGAUUGCGUUUUUCAGCACGACGGCGCUUUUCGGUCACCCCUUAAUCACCGUCACUCAGACCAAAAUCCUCCUCGUCUUCUUCUACCCCCUCAACUCGUGCGCCAACCCUUGCCUGUACGCUCUGCUCACGCAGCAGUACCGCCGCGACUUUUUCAUCCUGAUGGGAAGGUAUGGCCUGUGCAAGGACCGGGCCGAGAGACACAAGGGGGCCAUCGGCGGUAAACCGCUACCGUACGGUUCUGGACCUCAGUACAAAAGGACAAGUGGUGAAGGAACCGUGAAAAUUAACAGUGCUGGGGGGAACAACCACAGGGGGUCGCUUUUAACCACUAUCGUUUCGGUGGAGGUACCCAUGGUGAGGACUAGUUCAAGGAAUAGUGCCCGGUCGCGGCCAGAGUCGCUCACAGCAGUACCCGAGUACUCGUUGCAGCAGAUUAAUAUCGGGAUGGUGGAUGAUUGCAGGAAACACACUUCCACGGAUAAUUUGUAGAGACUGUGGUGUUAGAGUGUGAUUUUAGUUUAAUGCCAUAAGCUGUUAAUCGUGUAAAUACAUUCCACUCUGUUAGAUAAUAAAAUAUGAAAAUGUG